GAUCAGCGUGGACUCGACUAUUGCCAGCACUUUCCAGCUGCGCACAUAUGCGGAUGUGCACAUGAACAUAGUGAACCCAGACACAGUGGCCCUUGAUUCGGUCGAGCUCACCUUCAAGGACCAGUAUCUGGGCAGAAGUGAAAUGUGCAGAAUGAAAAAUAGCCUGGUAAACACUUGUGUGUAUUUGAACAAGAAGAUUGAAAUGUGCGGGGGGAAUGUUCGGUGCCAAGUGUUUGAAAUGUGGGCCAAAGGUGAGAGGGUGGCGUGUGGUGUUAUUAAUGACGAUACCAAGAUUGUGUUCAGAUCUUCAACGAGUAUGGUGUAUUUAUUUCUUCAAAUGAGCUCAGAGAUGUGGGACUUUGAUAUACAUGGUGAUCUCUAUUUUGAAAAGGCUGUGAAUGGAUUUAUGACUGAUCUUUUCCAAAAGUGGAAGAAAUUCGGAAGUAAUCAUGAAGUAACUAUUGUUCUAUUUUCAAGAACAUUCUAUUGUGCUCAGAACUUGACUGAUUUUCCCGACCAUAUGAAAGGCUGUGUUCAACAAGACUACAAAGGACGAUUUUAUGAAGAUUUUUAUAGGGUAGCUGUGCAGAAUGAAAGGUAUGACGAUUGGUUUCCGGUUCUGGUGCAGUUGCGGAAACUAUUCAUGGAGUACCAAGAUGCUGUGCUGGAGUACCAUUCCCGACCCAACAUCGUCAUCCCUAAACCAGUCAACUCAACCGCUGCCCAAGGAAAUUUCCUCGAAGUUUUAAACAUGUCUUUGAAUGUUUUCGAGAAGCAUUUCUUGGACAGGAGCUUCGACCGAACGGGGCAGCUGUCGGUAGUGAUAACGCCCGGUGUGGGCGUGUUCGAGGUAGAUCGUGAGCUCACCAACGUCACCAAGCAACGAAUCAUCGACAAUGGUGUCGGCAGCGAUCUCGUAUGCGUUGGUGAACAACCGCUGCAUGCGGUCCCCUUGCUCAAGUUUCACAAUAAGGACAAAUCAAUGAUAGCAGAUGAUUAUAGUAUGCCACAUUGGAUUAAUUUAAGUUUCUACUCUAGCAAUAAGAAGUUGCCGUACUCGAACUUUGUGCCUCGCAUCAAGCUGCCGCCCCGACUACCGUCUCGGGUGGGUGGCGGGGGUGCAGUGGUGGUGCCCCCGUCCCCCCAUGGUGCCCCCUCCAACAAGGCGCACAACGAGGAGGACGAGUCGACGCUCAACCCCCCUACCGCCAUUGACUACGAUGCUUACGAUGCCCAGGUCUUCACUCUGCCCUCGGUGCAUAAUGGAAGCACGAGUCGCUUCUCGAAGCUGUCCAAGAAGUCGUCAGUGUCCUCGGCACUUGACUGUGUGACCAGUCGCCAGCAGGUGAUAAGGCGCAAGCUGUCCGACCCUGACAUCCACCACUCGCUCUCCUCCACCACUGCCACCGACAGCCCUGGCUCCUCGCCUGUUGUCCUUAGUGCCACUGCCACUGCCAUCUCCAUCCCCAGGACCAAGACACCGCCCGAAUUGAAAGGAGACGUGGACCUUCAGCUGCUGUCGCGUACAGUGCCUGGCAGCAUAGGGUCGAUGGGAGCCAACCAGCUGUCUCCCCCUCAGCAGCACCCGGCACCCCCCAAGCCAGGCCGUGCCCUCAUCAACCCCUUCGACCCCUCCCACAUCACCAUCAAGCUCACCUCCAACCGGCGUCGAUGGACUCAUAUCUUUCCCAAAGGACCUACCGGUGUUCUGAUCCAGCAGCACCAUUACCAGGCGCUGCCAAUGAGUGACGGUGACUCUGCGCAUGCGCCGCCCACCAAGACCCCCUCCACUUCUCCCCCGCCACCCCACCACAACAACCACUGUCGCAUGGUGCGGUCCGUGUCCCAGGUCGUCUUUCAGGAUCAUGCGAGAAUGAGAGCCCGGCCUAGUAUACUGACUAUAACUGGUCAGACAUCGUCAGGCCAUUCGCUGAAGAAGAGUCCAAUGACGCUGCUGUGGGGAGCUACAGGUGAACAGGAGUGGACUCCUGCACUUACCACUGAUGGUCGACUUCUAUGUGAUGGCACCAAAGUUAUCAUAGGUGUCGACUGGAAGUCUCUUACAAUACCGGCUUGUCUGCCAAUCACGACCGAUUACUUCCCGGAUGAAGUGUGUCUGAGAACCGACUACCUUGUCUCUGACUACAAUCUGCUGCCUGACGCCACAAAUGCCGAAUUCGCACAGCAGAGGGCCGUCUACAAGAAACCACUGUCCACCCAAGAAGUGUUGCAAGAGCUCGUCAAUCAGAGAUUGGCGCAGGGAUUCCAGCUGAUAGUAGAGUCGCCGGCGGCAAUGGGCGUGGCUACGCCGGGUGCUGGCUACAACUGUGGCAGCUCUGUGAUUGGUCCGCGCGCUCAGGACCUGGAGCCGGCCAGGGAGUACAAGCUCAGUAUCGGAAGAGUCUUUCACCGGAUAGUGCUGUUGAACGCCUCCGAAAUACAAGUCACACGCUACCGGCCUAGGCAUCCAUAUCCUCCAUUUAACAUCCAGUACAGGUACCGCUUUCAAGCUCCAGAUCAUGAGAAGUAUGAAGUGUCUUGGGUGUCAUUCAACACGGAAAAGUUGGAAAACUAUAACUGGAAUCACUUGGAUCAUUAUAUCUGCUCCAGAGGUAGUACUGAUUACGAAUUAACCAAGAACUUGAAGUACUGGAGGUUCAAAGUGUACCUGCUACCUCUGAGUCAAGCACCUACGAAGAAAAUUCUAGAAGGGUCCGAAUUUUGCGAUCUCUACGCUCCAUUGUCCUUGGAAGAACAGACUCAGAUGUCUGAAAGUUUUCUGCGGUUCAUAGAAACGUGGGUGAACAAAAUGAAGAGACCAUCCAUCUCCAAGAAACACAAGCUGGACUUGUCCUGUUUGAAUAUGCCCUCGCAUCCGACGCGUAGAAGGCACAGCACAAGUGCAGUCUUGCAUUCUAAUUAUUUGCAGAAUAGUGUCGUGGGAAAUUCUCCAUACAGAGAUCGACUUGGUAGUAAUCGACUGCCUGAUAAGCCUAGACCAAGGUCAGGGUCAAAGGUGAUGGAACGUGGAAGAGCCUCUCCAGCCAUGGACAUGAUCAUUCCCAUUUCAACACUCUCCGUUGACAAUGAUCAUAAUGAUUCAGGCGAUCAGGACAGUCCAUUAUCACCGCUGGACGCAGUGCUUGUGAAGGAGUCGGCCAGCCUGGCGGAGAUCGUGGAGGCGAUGCAGCAGCCGACCACAGGCAUCGACCUGCUCAGUCCCCACCCCAAUCUGCCCAACAACGUGUUCGUCAGCGCAGACUGCAUCCGAUGGCUCAUCGCUCACAUGGAGGGUGUCACCACUCACAGUCAGGCCCUAGCCAUUCUUGAGAAUAUGCGACAAGAAAGGCUGCUUUGCCAUGCAUCGGGAGAUAUGCAGUUUCCGUUCAUUGGUGGCUUUUACCUGUACUUUUUCACACCAAUGGAAAAGGAGAAAGAUUUUGAGCCAUCUGGAGAUGUGAAAAAGUUUGAAAAUGAAUGGCUGGAAGUUGAGAUGAAGCCGCCGCAGCCUGUACCUCCUGUGCCUACUUUUCUAACAAAGAAACUUCCAUCUUGUGGCCUUGUCGAAUGUAGAGCUCCCUCGUAUAAGCAGACGCACUUGGAGAUUGACGUGCAGGGCAAGAGUGACCGCAUCGAGUGGGGCCACGCCAAGUACCAGGACAUCUACCAUCCUUAUCAGGCCUACGAGAUAGAAGUGCAGUGGGUUGCCGCUUCUGGGUCCAUUGUUUCUGAACUGAUCACAGGAUGGGCACGUAAAGCACAAUCCAAUAGCAUGCAAAUGAUCCCAGUGCCAGCCGAUCCCUUUUCUCUGCCGUAUGCCAUCAAGUCAGAUCCACUGCGGAGUCCCGUUUUUGUGCCUUUAAACACAGAAUGUCUAAUGGGAAGCAAGUGCUAUUUAUUCGAAGAAUUUCCUGAAGAUACGUGGGCCCAGCGGUUAGUUAUGUUUCAAGAAGAAGUUGCUUACCGAUUCGGAUUCAUAACUUGCGUCAUGGAAAAAGAAAAUGAACACCACCACCAUCAAUAUAUUCAUCUUUCUGGAAAUGUGUUCUUGAUGGUGCCAUCGAUGCCUUGUACGAAGACCCGUACAAGAACUGCUUCGAUUUCGACCCGAUCGAAAACUAUUCGCAAGUACACACCUGUCGAGGAGGAAGAUGUGGCAGCCAGUCCUCACCACCAGUACAUCACUCGUCACGUCGGCUUCGAAGAGUAUGGACACGAUGCGCGGGUGGGAUUUCUGUGGUCGUGGAACCACAUGGUGAGCCGUCGAUGGAAGUGGAGUGCUACCGCAGCCACCAGCGACGAGGCCUUCCAGAACAAACUGCUCAGCGACUUCCGACUGUUCUGCAGCAAUGACAGCAACCGACUCAAGACAUUCUGGGACGACUGCUGGAUUCAGGCCAAACUCAACGGAUAGUCACAUCAGAUUAGGCCUAUCAACUGUUCCAAAACUAAACCGGAACAUCCAAAAUAAAAUUGUAGAGGAAAUUAACUGAAAAAGAAAAUUGUCGAGAGAUUCAAUAAUCGAGAAACAAAACAAUUUUUCAAAAAAAAGCAAAUUGUAAAAUAGAGCAAACUUCCAAAAUAAUAUACCAUAGUAGGACACUCGCACUGUGAUUUAUCAUAAUUCUAAGAUUAAUUUAUAAAUCUCGAUUCAGAAAUCUUGUAGAUUUUUUUAUGGUAUGAAAAAAAUCAUCAAAUUCUAACAGUUCUAUAAAUUUAAGCCAUUUUAUCAAGAAAUAAAAUAUACUUUAAAUACACAGAAUAGAUAAAAUAGAAGAGUGAACUAAUGAAGUAAUGAACUAGUGAAAUAAUGAACUAAAAACACAAAUAUAUUGUCAAAUUGUACCGUUUUAUUUUUUGGUACAGGUCCAUGGUUUCGUGACCACACAGGUCAUAUUUUCUGCACCAAAAAUAAAACUUUUCAAACUAUCAAAAUUUGACAAUAUAUUUGUGUUUUUAGUUCAUUAUGGAACGGUUCUACAACAUUGACAGUGACUCAGUCGAAUUUUGAAAAGUGAAAUCUUCUUUCUUUAGUAAAAUAAUGAAUGCGAAAUUCUAUUGAAUACGAAACGUCAUUUUUCAUAAUGAAAUGAUAAAAUAAUUGAUAAAUUCAUUCAUCAAAUCAGCACAAUAGUAAACAAGAAACAGACAGAGUCCAAAACGUUUCUUAUUCCUGAUUUAUUACAAAUAUUAUAUUAAUUUAAUAUAUUUGAUUAAUAUUAGGCUACAAAUCAGGGCAACUCUAUGUGGGGCAUUCUCGAUUUUUAAAAGACUAUAGAACAUAUAGACUAGUAUAUUUAGUUUGUUAAUUUUUAAUUUUAUAUGAUGGCAUAGAAGUCCGAAAAACAUCUAAAAAAUCAGACUGCUCUUGAUUUUUAAAAAAUAUGAACACCAAUAGAAUAAUAAAUAUAUAAUGCUAGAUUAAAUUUGAUAUUUUCUAUUUCAAUCUAAAUCAAGAUUCAACUCGUGAAGUAAAACAACAAUUUUCUGCAUUAUUGUGCUUUUAUAGUGGUAUUACGUUAGAGUAAACAUUAAUAAUGAAUAGAAAUGAAUAUUUUCAACUACUGAAGUAAAGCGAAAUCAACGAACAAUACUUUGUAAGUUCUUCGGAUAAAAGUGAUUUUAAAAAUAUUUAUGCUACCAUGCUAUAAUUUUUUACUCGUAUAUUUGCAUUUUUAAUCGUUUUUAGGACCCUCAUUUGAUAAUGUUAUAUAGCUAAUCGUUGAUUAUUUAUAAUACCCAUCAUUUUAGAUAUUGUUGGUUUUACCGAUUAGAAUUUUUAUUCUUGAAUAGCCCAUUCUUUAAUAGUCAAUUAGAAAAUUGAUAUUCAGAAGUGUCUCUGGUGCUGAUAAAUAUAUUAUAAAUUGUUUUUCAUUUUAGAAUUUGUAGGAUAGAUAUAACCAACCUAUGUAGGCAUAUUGCCAUUCAAAUUUCUCCAACUUUUAAAAUAAUUAUUUUAAUGAGGCUGGUAAAAUUUGUUUUUAAAAAGUCAUGUUCUCAGAGAUAAAUUAUUAAUAUUCUGUAGCUGUUGAAUUUACUAAUUUUCAAUAUACUUUUUUAACUAAAAUGUAACUAUGUUAGCAUGAGUUUUCAUGUUUGGCACGUUAAACUACUUUGUUCAUAUUAUUAAGAAGCAGGGAUUUUCUAGUCUAAUUAUUAUCUGUUUUUUUCUGUUGAUGUAUAUUUCCUGUUACGUAUCAGUUGUUUUUAUUCUGUUACUUUUAUGUUUUUUGUUAGUUGAAAUGCUAUGCUUAUUGUUAUAUUUGUGAUUUUACUCAGCAAUUACGCUAUAAUGAUAAUAUAAUGACACUAUGAAUAAUGCAUGUAUGUUUCUAUGGGUUGCAAAUUAAAUUAUUAAAAAAUGUUUAAACAGUUC